ACUGCGAAAUUCCCAUCAGAAAGGCCAGUUGUGAGGAGCUGUGUAGCCUGAUGGUCAAACACCCUGCAGCUGUGGCCAAAAGAGAGGCGAUGGAUUAUGUUGCACUCAGUCUGACUUCCUUGACAAGGGAAGAGCAAGCGCACGCAAUCAAAUGCUUCAGUGUUGUGGUGAAACAAUUGGGUGACGUUCACAGCAGCCAUGUAAAGCGAUUCAUGAAGGAGAAUGGUGACAUUUUCAACCUAAAUCUUGCAAAUCCAUGCAGGGAGUUUGGUCCCUCUUACGAGAUCUUGGAGACUAGUCGCCGACGGGGUUGGCUAAACCAAAAAGCAAAUGAGUUGUUUGAAUUGGUCAUGUACAAGCACUUAAGUCGCUCUACUGACAAAGAGCUGCGCAAGUAUGCUGCAGAUUUCCAUGUCAAGAGGAAUGCUGGCAAAAAUGUUCUUUUAUCACUCUCUCGGCUUCUGUGCCAGAAUAAUGAGAACCUCGAGGAGAUGUGGAAGCCAAUCGGAGCAUUGAUUGGCAAGGUUAACCCAGAUGAUCUUGAUGAAGUCUUUCACGCUUUAACGCAUGAUGAGGAUCUCUCUAAUAAACACUGUCUUUACUUGACAGAAGUUCUCAAACACUUUGGAGAGAUUGUUCAGAAGAAGGAGCUCAGCGAGUUAGAAAACAAGUUCAAAGUGCUGCUGGUCAAUAAUUUUGAUCAGCUGACUCAGCGUUUCAAGGAGAACCUCGAAGAGUUGGAGUCUCUUAAGAAUUUGUCUCAGUUCAUCCCCAGCAAGAAAUACGCCAAGGAGAAGGCCAACCUGGAGGAGUUCAUCAAGAAUCAGACCAGACAAGAAAGUUCAGAUCUGAACAGUAUUCCAAAGAAGAAGUUGAAGCGAGUUGAUCUUUCAGAGGUAGAGAAGAACCUUGUGCAGUGGAAAAAAAACCUGCCUUCCAUUAUUUCUCAUACUGUGACCGACAAGAAAGCAUUGGAGGCCCUGGAACAGGCUAAAUUCUGCCUUGAAAAUAUGGAAGAUGGCCCUGAAGGAUUGGCUCUGAAGUGCAAUGGCAUUGUGAAAACUCUGGCCAGAUGUGUCACGUCGGAAGACGCUGAUGAAUUUGAACAGCUCGUCUUGGAAGCUCUCACUGUUGAAAAUUUAGCUUGCCACGUGUUGUUGAAUGAAGAUGAGGAGAUGGAACAGCAAUCUGAUGAUGUCCCCUCCAUCAAAUCAUUUACCAUUGGUGUUCAACGGCUCCUUCUGACUGGAUUGGGCCCUAAAGUGGGCAUUACUGCGUUGCAGUUUCUCUUUGAAAUUCUCCUUCGCAGUCCUGAAGUUGUCGAAGUAGAUGAAGACUUGCUGGUAAUCAACUUGCAAGAGCUGAUUUUGAGGCCCACUGGUGAAGCGAAAAUUGCUGUGGGACUGAGAAUUAAUGCCUUGAAAGUAAUUUGCCACAUACGCUCCAUUAACGUAUUCAAGAAGGUGUCCGCAGAGCUGUUCCUCGCAGUUGGAGAUGGCAGUUGCACGUCUAUUCAAAAGGUUGUCUGCAGGCCCUUCUUGCAGCUGUUUGCUGAGGCAACCAAAAGCAUCGUUAAGGCUACAAAGGCUAAAGACAAGAUACGUUAUGCAGAAAUGCCUUGGCAUGUCAUGAUAGGCUAUACAACAGACGCCAUCGAAAGAGCUGACAAGUCUGCAUUGGAUGCGAUCAUUCUUCGCAUACAGGUGCUAUAUAAUUUCCUAUUUAAUUGUGCAUUAUUUGCGCAUGAAUCUUUCUACCAGCGCUCAGUAGAGCAUAUCGUGAAGGAGUUGGGCAAGAACCGUACUGAUAAAUUCAAGAAGGUCACUUUCACGAUGCUCGAAUCGCUGUGGUUGAAAGCGAACUAUGGUCAGAAGAAUGAAGAAAUUCUACUUGCUGCAUUUGGAGCUCCGUUGGUUGGUGCCUUAACCCUGAAAGACAGAAAGCAAAUGCAGAAAAAAUUCCCGAUCUCACGUUGUGAGAAAAUUGGGAGUAAGUACUUUGGAAUUUACCACACUGCUCUAACUGAAGGAACCCAAGAUGCGCCUGUCAAUGACUCUUCUCACUCUCCUGAUGUUCCAAUGCGAGACAGCGAAGAUGGUGUUUAAUAGGAGCAUUGAUUGGAAGAGCUAAGCUGCGCUUCUGAAGUGGUCAAUGAUUUCCCCAUGAAUAGGCCACUACCAAACUUCUGAGGAGUUGAUACAUUAUUGAAUUAUUUUUUAAAAAUCAAAUCAUAAAGGAAACAACUGUUUCGGCUAUCAAAGCCUCGUCAGCAGUACUUUGUCAUCUAAUAAAUAUUUAAUAUUUGAAUAAAUGUAAAGUUACAUACCCCCCUCUAAAGCAAAAAAAUCCAUUCGAAAGUUGUGAUAAAUUAAAUUUUGAAUUCACAUUAAAAACAAGCUAAAUUUUCAAUUUAAGAGAAGGAAAUAAUGAAAUAAACUAUAUUGAAUCCUUUUGUACUGGACAGCCAUUUCCUUAAAAACUGCCAUUAAAGCCCGAAACUAAUGGUCGAAGUAUUUGCAAAAGCGAGCAGCUAAUGCAAACACAAAAAACCUUAAAUCUCGUCUUUAAUCUAUGUCUACUUGUGAAAUUAAUACUAUGUAUAAUACUAACGCAUGCAAAAUCACACUAGAUUCAAGUUAAUCCUAAAAUAUGUACAAAUAUUUACAUGUGGAAGUUCCUCUUCGAGUCUCCACAUCAAGCCGGCCACGGGGGACAGCAGUCGCAGGGUUCCAUUCGAACUGAGUUGCCAAAAUACCUGGACCUUCUUGAAUAACAGAGCGGGAAACUGCAUGGACAACCAGCCAGGACGCCGUUGUGAAUGCUGCGCAGGUGGUCCUCGUCAAGGAUGCCUUUAAGCUUGGAUUCUACGGCAGAAAACUGGUUAGGGUGAAUUGAAACAAAUCUAACUUUUUUUAACAGCCGGUGGAAAAAUGUUGGUGCCGGUAUGCUUGUUCCGGAAGCUUGCAAAACGUGCCAUCCCCAGGAUAGAGCGGCGUCCAGCAGGUGUAGUUCAGUGAGGUCGGCAGGGAACUUGUCUAAGUUGAGCACUGCCUCCACACUCUGGACGUGGGAGAGCCUCCACGCUGCUGACUCGAAGACGGACACUGGGUCCUCCGCCACCUGCUUGAGAAGCCGGUGAGACAGGUAUGGGUACAGGUCCUUUUUGCGAGUUUGCUCCAGGAGGUCGUACAAAAAGAAGGCGUCGAGAGCGCUGUCACACAAGACGUCCUGCUGCACCUCCUGGCACAAGCAAUCUGCUUGCCACAGCAGACCGUACCUAAAAAUGACAGAUUUGAGAGAAGAAUCAACUUGAGGCAACUUAUUCGAGUGGAGUAGGCUGAGGGCCGCAUUCAUGGCGUCGACGUCCGGACGACAGAGGGCCUGCAGCUCGAGGAACGAGUCCUGACAGAAGGAAGCGGCCAGUCCUGGGCUGCUGGACUUCAAAGCCUCGCUGUGCACCUUGAAGAUGGCGGCUAGCGGUCCGUCAACAAGCCGAACGAAGAUUGUGGCGUUGGGCUUGUCUUCUCGGUAUUCAAAUUCGACCUCCAAAACCUGUGAACGGUGUCAAGCGGGACGAUCAUAUCGAAAUAACAUUCAUUAUUUAUUAACCACCAAAUUAGCAUGUAAACAACUCCUACUCGGAUAUCCGAGAUUUAAAUUUCGAAGGAAAGCAUUCUUGAUCACGUGCUUCAAAAUUUGUGCAGCAGAAAUUAUAUUUAUUUGAAGCAUGUUUCGCCUUUUUGUACCCAUAUGAGAAGCAUAAAAAUCGCGAUGCAUAAUUUUUACUCUGAACUUUCAUUCAAGCUCAAAGGAAAAUCAGGAAAGAGCUUUUUAUUGACGCUUAAAAAAUUUUUAAGAAAAUAUUAACUACUGCUCCUGUUUGUGCACGUGUUACGGAUCCAAAGGCGGCGGCCAUGAUUGUUUAAGAGUGUCAUUGUGUGGUCAACUUAAACUUCAUUUUAACCCCCAAAAGCCUUAUAAAAUUCAGUUAACACUACUUACAAGUGCUCCGUCGUUCUCUGAGUAGGCAGAAUCGUCGUCAGACCAGUAUUCCAUGAUGGAAUUUGGAUAAAAUAGCGAUUUUUCGGAAGAGCGAUUUAGCGCGUUACUGUAUUCUAAGACUUUGCCCCGAAGGGUGACGUCACAGUCGCUUUUUCCUUUGCUCCUUGAGUUCUCCUUGAGUGUUGCUGCGUGACUAUUGGCUUAUCUGUUAACCUUGAGGUAGGAGUUUGAAAGUGGCGGGAAAUUGGUUUAUUGCAAUUCGUUCAUGCCGCGGAAAAAGUCCGAUCCCCAACUUGCCACUUUGAAACAAGUUUUGAAAUGGAUUUCCCAAAGAAAGACAUUCGCUUAAAAAAUCCUCACGUCAGACACAUUAUAAGGAAAAUUUAUUUAUUAUGUUAGAAAAAUGAAAUAACAAGUUAUAUUUUUAGAAAAUUAUUUGAUAAUUUGAAAUCCGUUAAACACUUAAGUUAUUAUUUCAAAUGCACUGGUUUGAAUACCUAGAAUUGGAAUAAUAGGGAGUGUUUGAAUUAUGUUUUACAGUUUACCAACAUUGAGAGCUUGACUUUCCUCGGCUUCCCGCCUUACGUUAUGUUCUGCUUUAUCUACACCUUCGGAGCUAAACUAAACGCAUUGAACAUCCAACACGAUGACCGCAUGAUUGAACCGUUCCUGAAUUUAAAUCGGAUGUCCACUGCUUGCGCUUUGCUUUGAGAGACUACGAUUGUGGCUAGUCGUCAGCGACCCAGAGCCAAUCACUUUUUACGCUCGUCUCAGCGUGUGGAAUUGAAUUUUACGUUUAUUUUUUACUUCAGCAGUGGCAGAGGGCUGAUGAAAUCAAUGGCGAUUCAUCUGAAGAAGAAAGUGUUGAGGCAAAGCAGGGUAGCCAGAAGUAGAGUUAGAGUGGAGGUUCCAGCAGUGGUGCGCCGGUUGCCUUGCAUCAACGAAACCAAUCUAAUGGAAACGCCAGAGUCCCUCAUCACCACUUUCCUCAUCAGCCAAACUUAUGCCUCCGCCAGAUCUUCAGUCAGAAGGUCGAUCCUUCCGUCACGAGAAAUUUCGCCUCCCCCUUGGCCAAACCCAACAUGUUUGGAGAACCUGCUGAGCAGUCUGAAGUUGCUUCCAUGAAAGAUAGAGAGCUGAAGCCUACGCUCUUUUUGAAGGAACAUCGAGAGAGGAAGAGGUGAAUUUUGAGGUCAAGCUUGCAGCCAAAGAAAAUAAGUUCACAAUUGUGAAGAAAAGAGUGCCCUCCGGUAUAACAAUAAGAAGAAGACUGUUAGCAGGAACCCAACAAGAACCAAUACUGGAUUCACGCGACCUGCCAUCCUUAAAGAACUGAAGAAAGAUCAGUAUAGGUGCAUAAACGCCUGCUUGAAAAGCUGGAAAAAUGCUUUAAGAGUGGUCUUUUUAGAGUUAGGAAUGACUUUCUCGGGACUCUCUCGAUGAACAUCAACAUUGUGUCGAGAAAGAAGAAGGUGAAUGAAGCAAACGUAAGGAAGGUCAUGAGGGCCUGCCAUACAGCAGGCGUGGCCAAGAAUUUUAACAAGUUUGCCAGGUUAAUUUGUACGUGAGUACCUCCGUACCUAGGAUUAUUUUUUAUUUGUCAAUAAAUUUUGUUACUUUA